AUGGUGCAGCUUGACCCAGGAUACUUUGACGCUGUUUCAGUACUCAAUGACCUUGCCACCGCCGAACCACAACCCAUAUUCCCCGACAGCUGGCUGGUCACGCCGCAGGACACUUUGUCGAUACCUGAACCGAGCCUGACUUUUGACCAAGAAAAGUCGAUACUGGACAACUACUUUGCAUACAUCCACCCCUGUAUGCCCAUCCUGCACCGCGACAAGUUCCGCAGACAGCACGAGGAUGGCUCUGCUAACAGAGACCUCCUCACCGUCAUGCUGACGAUGACGGCCAAGAUCCUGGGGCGGCCGAAUUACUGGGACGAGCUGGACUUUGCCGCCUCGUUGCAAACACAUCUCCACGAUAGAUCAGUCCCGAGCAUAGACAAGGCGGCGGCAGGGCGGCGGCCAUCGCUCGACGACUUCAGAGAGGCUUGCCUCCUCGCGUUUUACGAGUUCCACCAAAGCCCCGGAGAGAAGGCCUGGCUCCGGAUCGGCAACCUCACGCGCAAGGCGCACCACUACCGACUCCACCAGAUCGACCACCGGGCGGGACCAUUGCCAUGUAUGGCGAACGCCCUCGACGAGGAAGAGCGGGACGAGUGGAAGGUCCUAUGGUGGUGCAUAUUCUGUCUCGACUCGUACUCCAACAUCACGGCCGCGAUCCCUUUCGUGAUUCAGAUCGACAGCAUCCGGACGUCCCUCCUCGCCGACUCUGGGCCGCUGGACGGACAUGGAGGCGCGCGGCGGCCCGAGAUCCUCCUCCCCGACGAGCCGGACCUGCUCUGGAAGGUCGCCAAGGAGGUCCUCUCGCUGGGCCGCCACGUCAACUUCAACAUGCACAUCGUCACCACGGCGCUCCUCCGCGAGUCCGCCACGCUGUACCGGCUGUGGUACCAGGCCCCGUCGGAGCGCCUCAAGUCGCGCAUCGCCGCGUUCGAGACGCACACGGCCGCCCUGAGGCUGGCGCUGCCGCCGUGGUACCUCAGGACAACCCGCGACGUCCUGCACGACGAGUCCUGCGAGGACUACCACGCCCGGCUCAUCUGCGUGCUCCACAUCAACGCCGCGCAUCUCCUGACGGCCCUGUCGCUCCCUCAGCAAGGGGCCGACGGGGAACAGGCGACCUUCCGCGCCAAGACACUCGCCUAUUCCCAGGACAUUGUAGCCGUGGUCGAGCAGUGGGACGGCCAGCGCUCGACCGGAGUGGACCCGGCGGUCUGCUUCAUCAUCUACGCGGCCCUCGUCGUCCUGCAGUUCCACAUCGACCUCUUGGGCGGCAAGGAGCCGAAACUUGAUUCUCGGCUUGGCACAUGCAGGACUCUUCUGCUGCUCUUUCUGGAGCAGUUUGCAGAGUUCUGGUACUUGCCAAAGUUCUUGAUAAGAUCCUUCAACAAGUACUGCCAGAUCACGCAUGACAAGUCGGGUGGCUCGUCUGCACUGUUGAAGAGUUUCCAGGUGCCUCUCCAUCCCGAAUGGGUGGCCAACGUCUCGGGUAUGGAUUUGGAUAUGGCUCUCCCAUCUCCGCCUGAGGGAGACGCUCCGGCGCAGGGUUCUCAGGAUUGGGGCUCCAGAAGCUGGCCAAACGCCCUGGGAUAUACGUAA